GUCGUCGUUGUCGUUGUCGUUGUUGUCGUCAGUACGCGCUUGGUAUUCAAACGCGGGCGUAGCAAACUCAUUUCGUAAAUGGGAAAAGUGCUAGAGACGCUGCAGACGACAGACGUUAAAGUUAAACGCGCGGGCAGCACGGCAGGCAGCAGCAGCAGCUAAAUGAAAUGAAAUUUAUUAAAUUAAAAAGAACGUGAAGACGUAUGUGUAAACCCAAAUCUGAAUGUGCGAACGGAAGUGAAAAGUUACAAGCUGCAUUUGGAUACACACCAGGCAGCAAAAACACAUACAUACAUACAUAUCUAUGCAUAUGUAUACAACAAAACUAAACACAGCUAAAACGACUAUAAACUAACACAAGCUAAAACAAAAUGGGCAAGGAUCAGGAGUUUCUGGAGGCGGCGCGUAAUGGCAACAUCGGUCACAUUGAGAAGGUGCUGACAGCCAAGGGCAAGCGCGCGGGUCCAUUGGCCAGUCUGCGGCGUGGCACUGGCGUCAAUGUGCAGGAUAGCGGCGGCUACUCGGCGCUGCAUCAUGCCUGUCUCAAUGGCCAUGAGGAUAUAGUGCGACUGCUGCUGGCGCAUGAGGCGUCGCCCAACUUGCCCGACUCACGCGGCUCCUCGCCGCUGCAUCUGGCCGCCUGGGCAGGCGAAACGGAAAUUGUGCGCCAGCUGCUAACGCAGCCGUAUCGUCCGGCCAAUGCAAAUCUGCAGACAGCAGAGCAGGAAACGCCGCUGCACUGCGCCGCUCAGCAUGGACACACGGGUGCGUUGGCGCUGCUGCUGGCACAUGGCGCCAAUCCCAAUAUGCGCAACUCACGCGGCGAGACACCGUUGGAUCUGGCGGCGCAGUAUGGUCGUCUGCAGGCGGUGCAGAUGCUCAUACGCGCACAUCCGGAGCUGAUAGCGCAUCUCAGCACAGAGGCGCUGUCGGCGCAAAGCAAUCAUCGUGCCUCGCCAGCAUCGCCCACGCGUCACAUCUUUCCGCACACCUGUCUGCAUCUGGCCAGUCGCAAUGGUCACAAGAACGUGGUGGAAGUGCUGCUCUCAGCUGGCGUUAGUGUCAAUCUGCUAACGCCCUCGGGUACGGCGCUGCAUGAGGCAGCGCUUUGUGGCAAGGAGAAUGUGGUGCGUACGCUGCUGCGCGCUGGCAUCGAUCUGGCUGCCACAGAUAAUGAGGAACGCACAGCGCUGGACAUUCUGCGCGAGUUUCCACCGCAUGUGACUAAGCAUAUUAUUGCAGUCAUCAACAAUUUUCGCCAUGAAAUGGACACCGAUGAGGUCGAUGAGGUCAUUUAUCGUCAGCAUGGCUCAGCGGCCACCGGGCGUGGCAGCAAGCAAACUCAGUCGCAGCACAAUCAUUACCAUCUCAACUCCAAUAACCAUUUGCUUAACCACUCGCACUCCAUGCAGCAAUCCGGCUACAGCAAGCAGCGGCUCAGCGCCGGCAAUGGCGGUCCCUAUAACGGCGGCAAGUCGCUGGACAGCGCACUACAACCCGACGAUAGAUAUUAUCAUGAACACAAUGCGCAUUCGCCGUUGCACAUACAGAGCGAUAUGGGCGGCGUCUAUAGCGUGAGUCCUUCGUCCUCGCUGAGCAGCUUUGAGCCUGCCUCAGUGUCGCCACGCUCGCGCUGCUCCACUGGCGGUGGCACGCAGCCGCUGCAUAUGAGCACCUUUGCGCCCAGUGCUCCGCCCAAGAAGCCACCACGUCGCAACAUUAACAUUUCACCCACACACGCAGCAGCGGGUCAGCAGUUCAGCUAUAGCUCGGCCUCCAGUCAAGCUGCGAGCGCACAGGGCGUGCGUCGUGCCGCUACCAGCGCCAACGAUAGUCCCUAUUCCCAUCAGAGUCACGGCAGCGUCGGCGGCAUGAGCUUCGAUGAGACGCAACUGCGCGAACGGCAACGCAGCGAUCGUCUCUACGCCAGCGCCAGGCAAAGCACUCGCUCCAACACGGACGGUGGCAUGAGUCUAAGCUCCAGCAAUGACAUGCUGGAUCGUCAAUGCAGCAGCUCUGAGUUGAACAGCGAGACAAGCGUGCCAAACUCAAGUGGAGAAUCUCCAGCUUCAGCGGCUGCGAAGCGUCCAGUGCCAGCUCAGCGCAGCGCUUCAACCAAACUCUCCAAGGAGCUGCUUAAGAACUGCGAGAGCGCCACACUCAAGUCAUACAAUCCCAAUCGCAAGCUCAAGCGUAAUCGCAAUAGCUGUUCCUUAAGCGUGGCUGACAAAUGCGAGAGCACUGAGCAAAACUGCGAUGCCAAGCAGCAGCUGCCCAGCAGUCCCACACACUACAAGCAACCACCGACGCCGGAUCAUCCACCACCCAGCUCCAGCCAAGCGGAGCGCACCAUUCACGAGCGCAUACGUCCGCUGAGUCAGGAGUAUAAGCGACGCUCAGCGCUGUUGCAGCUGCAGGCAGCGCAGCAGCUGAUGAUUGAGACAGGCUCCUCGCCAUCGAAACUGCUGCCGACGCUGAGCACGCCUGGCUAUGACUACGAUGAUACGGUGACGGUGGUGCCACGUUGUCCGGCGCCUUCUUCGGGCUCGCUGAGCUCUAGCAUUAGCUGUUCGGAUCACAGUCUCUCGCAUUCCACCGACUAUGUGGAGGAGUUUGUCAGCGAUGUGCCGUUUGCGGGUUUGCUCAAAGGCGCCAGUCAGCCAGCUGAGCCGAAGCAAAUGCCACAGCUGCAGCUGAUCGAGUCGGCGCCACGUGUGCGUCCACCGAUUGCCAGCAAGCCGCAGCUGCCGGAGCGCAAGUUUAUCAAGCCGCCCACAACGCCCACGCAACAAAUUGUGGAGGAGAAGCUGGAGACAAACGGCAAUGGAGAGCAUAAAAUAGCGCUAAAGUCACCUGCUAAGUCGCCAGCUAAGUCACCAGCCAAGUCGCCUGCAAAGUCGCCCAGCGGCAAAUCUAUAACACGCAAUCCUUUAAAUCUACUAAGUCCCUUUAAUGCGGAGGAGGCACGCAAGAAAAUCUCAGAGAUUAUUGAAAACUUUGGCAGCGGCAUACUCAAUACCAACAUAACGCCCACGCAUGACAUUGAGCUGGACUUUGAGGAUCUGGAAGUGCCAGCGGAGCGUCGUGAGCUGGCGCUGCGCCUACGCAAUGCCGGACUGCUGCAUCUGGAGCGCAUACUCUUUGAGAAUGGCUAUGAUAACUACAAGUUUGUGCAUAAAGUGUUUGAACAGCCGGAUAUACCUUUGCUGCAUAUACCGGAACGCGAUGCAGCCAAGCUGCUGCGCUUUGUAGAGACUUUACCGCCAGCGGAGUUUUUGCCGCAGGUAGCAAUGCGAACGCAGCAGGAGAACAAGCAGCCGGGCGUGGCAAGCCUGCAGCAAUGGCUACAAAGCAUUGCUUUGCCCGAAUAUUUGGAGUUCUUUAACAAACAUUUGUACAACACCAUUGAUAGCGUCUGUGGCGUCUGGGAUGUGGAGCUGCAAACCGUGCUGGAGAUUAACAAGCUGGGACAUCGCAGACGCAUUUUGCAGUCCUUGGCGUACAUAAGGCAAAUGCGCGAGGGUAAAUCGCAAAAGACACCGCUGGGUGAAAGCAACGAAACAAACAGAAUGACAACGAAUGGCAAUGGCAAUAGGGAGGCGGCCGCCAGCACCUCCAGUCAGCCCAACACAAAUGCUGUAACGCAUCGCAAUUCAAUUACUGGCUAUCGCAAGAAUCGCCCAGCACCGCCGCCACCAGCACCACCUGCACAAAAGGCAGCCAACGUUACAGCUGCACCACUCAAAAUACGAGCACCCUCCGAGCUGCUGCUUGGCCUGCCCGCCAAUCUGCGCAGCACACAAUGGCGCCACUCGGCCCAAACGCUGCUCAAUGAGCAUAUUAAAUACGAGGUUCAGUACCUUGGCUCAACGGUUGUGAAAGAACUGCGUGGCACUGAGUCCACCAAGAAGUCUAUACAAAAGCUCAGAGCUGCCAGUGAGCCGCCCAGAUGCGCAGCUGCAUUAACGCUGGCCAUAAGCCACCGUGGUGUGGAGUUCAUAGAUGUGGAGGGAAAGAACAUUAUAUGCGAGCAUGAGAUACAAAACAUAAACUGCGCCUGCCAGGAUGGCGAGGAUCUGCGUCACUUUGCCUACAUUACCAAGGAGGAGGAGCUGCACUAUUGUCAUGUUUUUCAAGUGCAGAGCACAGAUUUGGCCAGCGAGAUUAUUUUGACGCUGGGUCAGGCCUUUGAGGUGGCCUAUCAGCUGGCGCUGCGCGAUGGCAUUGCCACAACGCCCGCUCUGCUGCUGGACAAUGGGAUGCUGCAGGGCGAGUUUUGCGGCGGCAACAGCACUGGCUGCGUCGAUGGCAGCGGCGGCGGCGUGGACAACAAAUAGAGCCAGGAGCCGGUCAGCAGACUGGCCCAAACACAAGCCGAGGCACUGGCAAGCAUAUCGCAGCGCAGUCGACGUCUGUGCAACAAAUUGUUCUGCCUGACCAACUAUGGGGCGCUGUUUAAGCUCUAGGCAGCAGCUUUUGGUAUAUAACAUAUACAAUCCUAGUCUUGAUGCAUUUGAAUGUUUUUAUACAAAAAGCCAACUACAAACAAAAUAUUGAACAAAAAGACUUUUAACAUAAAAGGCACAAUUUUUUAACAAUCAACAAUAGCGCAAAUGAGAUUCAAUAAUACAAAUUCGAGCAGCAUUUGAACAUUUUUCAUAAUAUUAUAUACAAAAUGGAAAUGCCUAUUGCAUUUAUUUAGCAAAUUAUAACGAUAACGAAAGAUUUAUUGGCACAUUACUAUAUGUAUAAUGUUGAAUGCAAUGAGAAUGCAUAUCUGGCAAAUCGGCUACAUAUAUACUAAACUAUAUAUAUUAUAUGGGAAUAAA